CUAAAAAUAGUUAUUUCAAAUUAUUUCUCAUUUUAGAAGUUAAGGCACAAUUAAUUUUUUUUUUUCAUUUUAUCCUUAGCAUAAUUUUGUCAUUAAUAGAAAGGAUGAAAAUGAAAUAAGCUUAGGUAAUGUGGCCUCAAGUAUUUGGUUCAAUUGAAAUUUUUAGGGAAUAGGCCUUUUCGUUUUCUAUAGUUUUUUUUUUUUUUGGUGAACAUAUGUCUUUGUUUUGAGAGAUACGAAUAUCUUUCUGAUGCAUAAAAUAACGGAGGGAAAGGAAACACAAAAUCGAAGGGAAGGUAAAAUUAUAUACUUCUUUGCUAUAAAAUAAUUAAAAAAAUUUCCCUUGCUAUGAAACAACGAGUUUCAUGCCAUUGACUUCAGCCAGCCAACACUCUUUCAAUACGAGAAAAAAAUACUAGUCGUUACACAGAAUCGAUGAUGCACACAAGUAUAUUUUUAUCAUUCUGCACCACUAGCAUAUAUAUUUCCAAUUCUAGCUAUGCAAAUAUAAAUCAAACUAUAUCCAAGUAAUUGGUCUUUCAGAAACUUGUUCAAAGUACUCCAAUUAAUGGCUUUGAUCAUUUCAAGCUUGUUUCACUUCGGCUUCUUUGUUUUGGUAGCACAUUUUGCCACCCCAAUUGUAUGUAUAAUUAGCAGCCAUGAAAGACCUCAAGCUGCCCUUUUCGUGUUCGGCGAUUCGUUGUUUGAUCCUGGAAAUAAUAACUACAUCAACACCACUACUGACUUCCAAGUAAAUUGGUGGCCGUAUGGAGAAUCAUUCUUCAACUACCCUACCGGCAGGGCCUCUGAUGGACGUCUCAUUCCUGAUUUUAUCGCUGAAUAUGCUAGUUUACCAUUGAUUCCACCGUAUUUUCAAAUUGGGAGGCAGCAUUUUGUCCAUGGGGUAAAUUUUGCUUCAGGAGGUUCUGGUUGUUUAGCUGAAACCAAUCGUGGCUUUGUUAUAGAUCUCAAAACACAGUUGAAAUAUUUCAAAAACGUGGCAAAAGUGUUGAAGAAGAAAGUGGGGGCAACAGAGUCCAAACAGAUCCUCUCUAAUGCUGUAUAUAUUUUUAGCACUGGCAGUAAUGAUUAUUUUGCUCCUUUAUUAACAAAUUCAAGAUUUCCAUAUUCCGAUAGAGAAUAUUUACAGUUUAUUAUGGGCAAUUUGACAUCUGUUUUAAAGGGAAUUUACAAGGAAGGAGGGAGAAAGUUUGUGAUGCUUAAUUUGGGUCCCUUAGGUUGUGUUCCUACUAUUAGGGCCCUUAAUGUUCAAAAUGGAGUUAAGAAUGGCAGUUGCAUGGAGGAGAUCACUAACUUGGCGAAAAUGUUCAAUUCAGCUCUCCCAGAAAUGCUCAAAGAACUAGAGAAGCAAUUGUCUGAAUAUAAAUAUACAAUAUUCAAUUUCUUUAAAGUAUUAGCAGAAAGCAUUGAUAAUCCAACAAAAUAUGGUUUUAAGAUAUCAGAGACAGCUUGUUGUGGAACGGGUCCAUUUCGAGGGGUUUUUAGUUGUGGAGGCAAGAGGCAGGUAAAAGAGUACGAGUUAUGUAAGAACGUGAAAGAUUACUUGUUUUUUGACUCUGUUCAUCCCACCGAGCUGGCCUACCAACAAUAUGCUGAAUUAAUGUGGAAUGGAACUCCAGAUGUCGUAGCACCUUACAACCUAAAAUCCCUUUUUGAAUGUUCAACAUAACGUGAUGGUGGCAUUCGUUGAAUUAUUUUGUUAAUAUGCCUAUUAAAGAAAAGAAGAAAAAAAUGUAAAACUUGAUGUUAAAGAGUUUGAUCUCUACUAUUAUUUCUGUUCUUCUUGUGUUGGAUUUAUGAAGAGUCAAUCUUUGGAUUUGAUGAGACGAUUUCAUAUCUCAGCACACAUGAUUGAACAAGGUUGAUAAAUCUGUAGGAAUCAUGCAAUGUGCAUUUC